AUGCGCCGGCCGUCCAGUGCCUUUCAGAGCUUACGUCCAGCAUGGGCCACCAGAGGACUCCAGAUCCCCGUCCAAAGCACUCACAAACAUACCUAUUUGUGUCUCUGGCUUUUGUUGUCCACUGUAAGCUUCCCGUGCCUUUUCCCUGCCACCUCUGCUGCCACCGUUAGGGUCGGGGUGGUGGGUCCUUGGUCAUGCGACCCCCUCUUUACUAAAGCCCAGCCUGUCGCGGCUGCUCAGCUAGCUGUGGAUCACAUCAACAGGGACCCUUAUCUCUCACAGGGCAUUACGUUUGAUUAUGUCAUCCUGGAGGAGGACUGUGAGACGUCCCAGGCUUUUGCCCGUUUCCUGGGUUUCUACACACGGGCGUCUGGGUUUAUCGGUCCAGUGAACCCAGGUUACUGUGAAGCUGCCUCCCUGCUAGGAAAGAGUUGGAAUAAGGCGGUGUUUUCCUGGUCUUGCAUUGGACAUGAGUUGGAUGACGCCCGUAGUCACCCUACGUUUGCCCGUACCAUGCCGCUGCCCUCCCUCGUCCUGCUGCGCUUCAUGCACCACUUUCGCUGGGCGCAUGUGGGCAUCAUUACAUCAGCAGAGGAUGCCUGGUUGGAGGCGGGUAUAAAGCUGGCCAAUGCCCUGCGGAAUCAUGGGAUGCCUGUUAGCAUUGUGGCAUCUGUUCGUAAUGACCACACCAGCGUGCGAAAGACCCUGGCCCAAGUUAAGAAAGUAGCAGAUCUCCGCUUGGUCAUCCUCGUGAUGCACUCCAUACUGAUUGGUGGAGGAACCCAGAAGCUGCUGUUGGAGACAGCUUAUGACAUGCGGAUGACAGACGGCUCGCUGGUGUUUUUAUCUUACGACACACUCUUUUACAGUCUGCCCUACCAUCACGUAUCCCAGCCUGCCCUGCGCCACAACAGCAAGCUUCUACGAGCCUACGACGCCGUGCUCACCAUCACUAUAAAGUCUCCACAGGAACAGUCUUUCUACCAAGCUUUUGAAAAGGCCCAGGAGCAAGGAGAGCUUCCCAGGCACCUUAAACCACAGCAGGUGUCCCCAUUGUUUGGCACCAUCUACUCUUCCAUCGUGUUCAUGGCUCACGCUGUGCAAAGUGUCAGGGCUUCAGGUCAGUGGAUGUCUGGCGGGAACAUCGCCCAGAAUGCCCGAAACCUGCUAUUCAAAGGUUUUAGCCUACAAGCGAACUUCUCUGACUUUGGCACGAUGGACUAUGUGGUGCUGGACACAGAUGGCUUUUCAUGGGAGCUGCAACCUACAUACCAUAUUGAGAUGCAGACAGAUAUGGUGCGUUUUCUGGGACGGCCGAUUCAUUUCCCCCCAGCUGGACCGCCAAAAACCGACUCCAGCUGCUGGUUUACACAUGGGAUCAUCUGCCGUGGAGGUGUGAAUCUUUUAAACAUGAUUUUAAUCUUCCUGUCUGGUUUUCUGUUCAUCUUCUUCUCCAUUGGCUGUUUUUACUGCAUCAGGCGUAAAAUUAGUAAGAUCCGAAUGGUGCGGGGUCCGAAUAAGAUUUUACUGACUUUAAAUGAUGUCACAUUCAUCAACCCAUCCCUGAGCAACAAGAAGCUGAGCUUGGACGACAGCAAAGCCAGUGACUCCAGAAUGAGCAUUUCAGAGCGAAGCCUCAAGUCUCCAUUGUCUAUUCAGUCCCCAGCCACCUACGAAAACUCUAAUGUUGUCAUUUAUGAGGGUGAUUGGGCAUGGCUCAAAAGGCUGCCAUAUGGAAAUUUCCGGAGCAUCACUCCUCAUACCAGUGAUGUGUUUGAACUGAUGAAAGAUAUGAGGCACGAGAACGUUAACCCCUUUCUCGGCUUCUUCCAUGACUGUGGAGUGUUUGCCAUAGUAACAGAGUACUGUUCACGUGGGAGCUUGGAAGACCUGUUGCUCAACGACGACGUCAAACUGGACUGGAUGUUCAAGUCCUCUCUCAUUCUAGACCUCAUCAAGGGUAUGAAAUAUCUUCACCACAGGAACAUCUGUCAUGGAAGGCUUAAAUCCAGGAACUGUGUGGUCGAUGGGCGUUUUGUGCUCAAAAUCACAGACUAUGGCUACAACGAGGUGUUGGAAGCUCAGAGAUUUCCUUAUGUUGAACCUCCAGCUGAAACCCUUCUGUGGACCGCCCCUGAGAUCCUGAGAGGGCCCUACCCUGGUCUGUAUGGCAGUCACCCUGGUGAUGUGUACAGUUUCUCAAUCAUCAUGCAGGAAGUGGUCAUGCGAGGACCUCCAUUCUGCAUGCUGGAGAACUCUUUUGAUGAAAUUGUCCAGAAGAUCCGGAAGCCUCCUCCAAUGUGCCGGCCCAUUGUGUCCCCGGAUCAUGCUCCUAUGGAGUGUAUUCAGCUUAUGAAGCAGUGCUGGAACGAACAGCCAGAGAAGAGACCCACAUUUGAUGAAAUCUUUGACCAGUUCAAGAAUGUUAAUAAAGGGAAAAAGACCAACAUCAUAGACUCCAUGCUGCGAAUGCUUGAGCAAUAUUCCUCCAACCUGGAGGAACUGAUCAGGGAAAGGACGGAGGAGCUGGAAAUAGAGAAACAAAAGACUGAAAAGCUCCUCACACAAAUGUUGCCAACGUCAGUGGCAGAGGCUCUGAUGCUGGGCACUACAGUCGAACCAGAGUAUUUUGACAGUGUCAGUCUUUAUUUCAGUGAUAUUGUUGGCUUCACCACAAUCUCAGCCAACAGCGAGCCCAUAGAGGUGGUCGACCUCCUCAAUGACCUUUACACAACAUUUGAUGCUGUAAUUGGCAAUCACGAUGUCUAUAAGGUGGAGACCAUCGGUGAUGCUUACAUGGUGGCAUCAGGUGUGCCCAUGCCCAAUGGGAACCGUCAUGCAGCCGAGAUUGCAAACAUGGCCCUGGACAUCCUGAGUGCUGUGGGCACCUUCAAAAUGAGACACAUGCCUGAUGUGCCAGUCCGCAUCCGAAUAGGACUUCACACAGGUCCCUGUGUGGCCGGUGUAGUGGGUUUGACCAUGCCACGGUACUGUCUGUUUGGGGACACGGUCACUACUGCUUCCAGAAUGGAGUCUACAGGAUUGCCGUACAGAAUCCAUGUCCAUUCCAGUACAGUGAAUGUCCUGAUGGAGCUGAAAUUAGGAUACAAAGUAGAGCUGAGAGCCAGAACAGAACUCAAGGGGAAAGGUGUAGAAGAAACCUACUGGCUCACCGGGAGAGACGGCUUCACCAAACCGCUCCCCGUGCCGCCCGUACUCAAGUCAGGGUAA